CCUCAUCAGAAUUCUCCGACGCAUUACAUUUCACAGCUUUCUCCGAUCAAUAGCUAGAUUCAGUCGAUAAGAGAAGAUGUCAACAGAGGAAGAAAACGUCCCAACGACGGUUGAAUCAGGAGCUGCUGAAACGGCGGUGAAAUCUCCGGAGAAGAAACCGGCGAAAGGUGGUAAAUCAAAGAAGAAGACGACGACGACUAAAGAAGCUAAAACAACGGCGGCGGCGAAGAAGCCUGUGAAAGCUGCUGCUACAACGAAGAAGAAGUCUUCUUCAUCAUCUCACCCUACCUAUGAAGAGAUGAUUAAAGACGCAAUCGUAACGUUGAAGGAGAGAACUGGAUCUAGUCAAUACGCGAUUCAGAAGUUCAUAGAGGAGAAGCAUAAGUCUCUUCCUCCUACUUUUAGGAAGCUUUUGCUUGUUAACCUCAAAAGACUUGUUGCUUCUGGCAAAUUGGUUAAGGUCAAAGCAUCUUUCAAGAUCCCUUCUGCUAAAUCCGCCGCCGCUACAACUAAACCGGCAGCCUCUGCUCCGGUUAAGAAGAAGGCAACAACUGUAGCUAAACCUAAGGGCAAGGCUGCUGCUGCUGCUCCUGUUAAAGCUAAGGCAACUACUAAGAAGCCUGCAGCUAAGGUUGCUGCUAAGCCUAAGGUUGCAGCAAAGGCUAAGGUUGUUGCUAAACCUAAGUCCAAGUCUGUUGCUGCUGUUUCCAAGACUAAAGCUGUUGCUGCUAAGCCUAAGGCUAAGGAGAGACCAGCUAAAGCUUCUAGGACUUCGACUAGAACAUCUCCUGGGAAGAAAGCUGUGGCUGUGACUAAGAAGCCUGUGGCUGUCACUAAGAAGGCUCCGGCUAAGAGUGUCAAGGCCAAGACUGUGAAGUCUCCUGCGAAAAGGGUUUCGACUAGGAAGGCUAAGAAGUGAGGGAGAUGGGUUUAGGAUAGUUUGGGUUUGGGGGGGAGAUUGAAUACAUGGUUGGUGGUAGCUUCUAUAGGGUAGUCUUGUAUAAUUGAAUCAUCCUUGAAGGAGCUUGCUUUCCAAAGUUUUUUUUUUUUUUUUUACUUUCUUGUUUCUUGGUUUCCUGUUGAAACUGUUUUUCUUUUGUAAUUUUUGGUUUGUUUGAAUUUUAAGUUUUAAUCAAUAGCUAUAGAUGUGAUGGUUUCUUCAAUC